AUGGGCAAAUUACUUUCCGAGGCGAUUGGUGCUGACCACGACGAGUUCGAUAUUCUGUACGAAAACAUAAAAAAUGCCACCGACGAUGCGGCAAAAGUUCGCUGGAGAAAUCAGCUCACUUGGACUGUGGCCCGCCACGCCAUCAGUGAAGAGUUGACCUGGUACCCUGCUAUGGCGAAGCAUCUCGGAGAAGAGGGUAUCCGACUGGCCAAGACCGACAAGGAGCAACAUCAAGGAGUCAAGGACUACCUCUACAAAGUGCAAGACAUGACACCAGUUGAUCCGCAAUUCAUGCCUCUGCUGGACACAUUGAUGGAUCUCCUCCACCAUCAUAUCGAGCACGAGAAGGAAGAAGACAUGCCUCGCCUCGAAGGCUUGCUGUCCCGUGAAGAGAGCGAACAAUUGGCAGUGAGCUUCGAACGCACCAAGAAGAUUGUACCAACAAAGAGUCACCCAGGUGCACCGACAAGUUAUUACUUGGAGCUGUUGACAGGAUUGAUGGCGGCGCCUGUGGACAAGUUUAUGGAUUAUCUGACCAAGGAUUUCCCGGAUGAGCAAGACAAGCAGGAGGCGCGACAGGCGAGGGAGAACAAAAUCUAG